AUGACGGAACAGAUAGGAAGCAGGUGCACUCUACAAACUGAUAAAGAUCAAGGAAGUGAAGAGCAAAGGAGAAGAGAGACAGCAAAGGAGAAGAGAAGAGAGCGAAAAGAAAGGAAAGACAGCGAAGCAGAAGGGAGAGGGAGCGAAAAGAAAGGUAAAGACAUCGAAGCAGAAGGGAGAGAGCGAAAAGAAAUGGAAAGACAGCGAAGCAGGAGGGAGAGGGAGCGAAAAGAAAGGGAAAGACAGAUGAAGGGAGAGAGCGAAAAGAAAGACAGCGAAGCAGAAGGGAGAGAGCGAAAGGGAAUAGUAAAGGGGAAGGGAGAGAGCGAAGGAGCAGACAGGGAGAUAGAGAGAUAG